UCAGGUACCUUUUGGCUUGUUACAAAGACCAGCUAUGGAGAAAUGGAGCUUAAUGACAAUUACUGUUUUACUAGCGCUUACUGUACGCUGGACUGUAUCGCUUGGUUCUUAUUCAGGUGCAGGAAAACCACCUAUGUAUGGAGACUAUGAAGCUCAGAGACACUGGCAAGAAGUUACUUACAAUUUGCCCAUCAGGCAGUGGUACUUCAAUACAAGUGAUAACAACCUACUGUACUGGGGCCUUGAUUAUCCACCUCUUACUGCCUAUCACAGUUUUGUGUGUGCUUACAUUGCAAAGUUAAUAAAUCCUGAUUGGAUUGCUCUGCACACAUCUCGGGGGUAUGAGAGUCAGCCGCAUAAGUUAUUUAUGCGUACAACAGUGUUUGUUGCUGAUUUGCUGGUUUAUAUUCCUGCAGUUAUUUUAUAUUGUUUUUCCUUGAAAGAAACAUCUACUAAAAAGAAGGUUUCCAGUGCUCUCUGCAUACUGCUUUAUCCAGGCCUCAUUCUUAUUGACCAUGGACACUUCCAAUACAACUCAGUGAGCCUUGGCUUUGCCUUGUGGGGGGUACUGUGUUUGUCCUAUGACUGGGACCUUUUGGGGUCAGUGGCAUUUUGCUUGGCCUUAAAUUACAAGCAAAUGGAACUCUACCAUUCUCUGCCCUUUUUUUGCUAUUUGCUUGGAAAGUGCUUCAAGAAGGGACUGAAAGGAAAGGGGUUAGUAUUGUUAACUAAAAUAGCAGGGACAGUGGUGGUUUCCUUUGCUGUCUGCUGGCUCCCGUUCUGUACCGACAUGGAACAAAUCAUGCAA